AUGGGUAUCCCUCGGAUAUUGUUCCUAGACGCCUAUGACUCCUUCAGCAAUAAUGUCGUCUCUCUACUGACGACGCUGCUGGGAGCUGACGUGGAUAUCCUGCACAUUGACUCACCCCGGUUCGACCCAAAGUCCAAUGACUUUUACGAGAAAUGGAGGCAGGAGCUACAGCAUUACGAUGCUGUAGUCUGUGGGCCUGGGCCUGGGUCGCCGACGAAUGAUGCCGACGUUGGCUUGAUCAAGCACAUCUGGGAACUCGAGGGCAAUCACCUUGUUCCCGUCCUGGGCAUAUGCUUGGGAUUCCAGAGCCUGGCCGCCAGCUGUGGUGCCAAAAUUCGGAGGUUGCAUGGUGGAGGUCUUCAUGGAAUGAUCCGUGAGAUUGACUUCUGCGACACACUCCCGUGUACGGAGGACAACAUUUUCCAAGACGUGCGUCCCUUCAAGGCGACGCUAUACCACAGUCUCUGCGCCGAUUUUGGACAGGACGCGGCUACAGAGGCUGACUGGACUACGCUCAAGUGGCAGCGGCCUCCAAGUUUGGAUGUAAUCCCUCUCGCAUGGGUUGAGGAGUCCAGAGAUACUUCUUCCGAGCGCAUACUCAUGGGCAUGAAGCAUGCAUCAAAACCAUUCUGGGGCUUGCAAUAUCACCCCGAGUCCGUGUGUUCAGAGGAUGCCGGCCAUCAGAUCAUCAGUAACUGGUUCAACCAGGCACUCAAAUGGAAUCAGCAACACGGUCGUACAGUGACGCCGAGGCCCCAAGCCUCUAUUACGGGUCCAACAACUCAAAGUCUGCUCAAGCAAUCGUCGCCCUUGAAAGACGAGAAAGACGCUUUCGGAAGUCUAUCAGACUUUGCCACUGACUCUAAAUACUUGUCCACAACUAUACAGCUGCCCACUCAUGUGGAAGUCCCAGAUAUUGUAGAGUUGUUACAGAGCAAUUCCCGCGAUCACAUUAUUCUCGACUCUGCCAGUGCGCAUACGAAUCGCAUCGGCCUCGAUGUUCGUGGCCGGUAUAGCAUUAUUGCUCUAGAUGUUGAAGACUCUUUAAGGCUCGAAUAUCACGUUGGCAACCCUCACGUCUGCGCUCGCAUGCCAGCGUCAUUGGCAGACGAACAGCAUGGGACCAAGACAAUUCCAUUGCGUCAAGGGCAGACGGUUUGGCACAUGCUGUCUGACUUUUUGAGUGCCAGAAUCAUCAAUGCACCAGAUGCCGAAUCCCCUUUCCUUGGAGGAUUCAUGGGAUUCAUUACUUAUGAGCUCGGUCUAGAGUGUAUAGAUGUCAAGACUGUCGAGUCCAGAAGCCAUAAGAGACCAGACUUGUGCUUUGCAUGGGUGCAGAAAAGCAUAGUGGUCGAUCACCUUGAAGGCACUCUGCGGAUCCAGUACUUGCAUUCUUCGACUGAGGAAGCCAAUGAGUGGAUAGACUCCACGUCGGCUACUCUCCAAUCUGCCGCCCUCUGGGAGGACGGUUUGCGAAUCAACGACACCAAGUUGAAGAAGACGGCUCACUUGACCCCUCCGAUUACACCAACUGGCGUUGCCAACGCUGCAGCAAUCGUUACCCCGGAUGCCGACACCUAUGAGGACAAGGUGCGGACAUGUCAGGAGUACAUAGCAGCGGGUGACUCGUACGAGCUCUGCCUCACGGACCAGACCACCAUAACCCGAGCGGUACCCAACCCGGCCACUGUUGGAACCAUGGCCAGCAGCAACAGCUGGGCGCCCUCGAGCGCCGCCAAGACGCCUGACUCGUGGCAUCUCUACCGCACCCUGCGCGCACGGCAGCCCGCGCCCUUUGGCUCUUACAUAUGCCUGGGCGGCGCGACACUCAUCUCGUCGUCGCCGGAGCGGUUUCUCGAGUACGACCGCAACGGGUUGUGCUCGAUGCGGCCCAUGAAGGGCACCGUCCGCAAGUCGCCCACGGCAUGCGCCACCCUGGCCGAGGCCGAGCGCAUCCUGCACGUCCCCAAGGAGGAGGCCGAGAACCUCAUGAUUGUCGAUCUGGUCCGCCACGACUUGCACACCGUCUGCGGGCCCGGCCGCGUCCGCGUUCCCCAGCUGAACAAGGUCGAGGAGUACGCCAGCGUUUUCCAGAUGAUCAGUGUCGUCGAGGGGCAGCUUCCCUCGGGCCCCAGCCAUCAGCCAGAACAAGACGACGGAGCCUACUACACGGGUCUCGACGUGCUGGCCGCGAGCCUGCCGCCCGGCAGCAUGACGGGUGCCCCCAAGAAGCGCAGCUGUGAAAUUUUGCAAGAGAUUGAGUCGCACCGCGAGCGGAGCCUGUACUCGGGCGUGGUCGGCUACAUGGAUGUCACGGGCAAGGGUGACUGGAGCGUGACCAUCCGGAGUCUGUUUCGAUGGGAUGACGAGACGUCGCGGAGCAGUACUACCGGCAGUGAAGGUGGCGAGACCGAGGUCUGGCGGAUCGGGGCGGGCGGCGCCGUGACUGCUCUCAGCACGGCCGAGGGCGAGAGGGACGAAAUGUUCACAAAGCUCAAGGGCCCAUUGGGUGUCUUUGAAGAGCGGUCGUGA